GUCAGGUUAAAUUUGUAUGGCAAAGAAAACAUAAACAGUGUAAAAAUUGUAAAUAAAUAUAAAUUUACCCCUAUAAAUAAAAAAAAUGGAAGGUGAAUUUUUAAACAAUGAAAGUACAUGGUCAAUUUGUCAGAAAGUUUUUCCAUUAUUAAAAGAUAACAAUUAUAUCGAGGAACCUUUUCAACAAGUAGAAUUUGAAGAACUUUGCAACUUUGUGAAAAAAACAGAAACACAAAAGCCUUUACAAGCGCUUGUAUGCAAAAAAAUCGAAAAGGAGCUAUGGAAUAGAGUGGUCCCCGAGUUUUGGUCUUAUUUUAAAGAUCAUAGUGAUAACAAGAAGGGCUUUGAAUUGUUUUAUACUGCUGUUGAUACGCUUUAUAAUAACUACAAAAGGUUAAAUAAUAUAAUAUUAACCCUAGAUAUAUUUAGGCAACGAACAAACCUCUUUGAGGUCCCCUACAACGAGAAAACUAUAUAUAAUUUUUUGAAAUUAACCUUAAGAUCAGCAUUAUUCGCUCAACUUCAAGUAGAUUAUCAAACAAUUACAAAGGACUUCUACGAAACAGCUUUAAGAAUGCAAGAUCAGAACGAAAUUAUUAUGUUGUGUCUCAUUUGUUCUCAAGCAAGUGCUUUUUGUAAUUGUUUAAAUUUGUUUCAGGAAACAAACAGUAAACUUGGAGAAAUGACUUUGCUCGAGCCCUUAGUUGGUCAAACUUUGACAAAUUUGUGUCAUAACUAUAUUUAUUCACAUAUUCAGAAGAUUUGCAAAGAUAAUUAUGAUUCGUUUAUAUCAAAUUUAGAAAGGUGGUUGCAUUCAAUUGUAAUUGCUUGGCUUAAAGAAAUAUAUUCAUUUGACUCCUACCAACCUCUUAAUGAUUAUAUGGAGAUGUUUGAGAAGAAGCUCGUAGACUAUUUGUAUAAUGCUUACACAAAACUACGAAUUAAUCAGUUGUUUAAUAUUGUCAUAGAAUACCCUGAAUCCCUUCCUGCAUUGGAAGAUGUACGUUUAUGCUUGCCUAGAACAGAUCUCAAACCAAUGCUUACAACAAAACUUCAGAAAGCUAUGGAAACAAGGCUUUUACAUCCAGGUGUUAGUACAAUAGAUAUAUUAACAGCUUAUGUAGCUACUAUUAGGUCGUUAAGGGUUUUGGAUCCUUCAGGACUUCUACUGGAGACUGUGACUCAGCCAAUACAUCAGUAUUUGAGAAGCAGAGAAGAUACAGUAAGAUGCGUAGUUAGUAGUUUAACUGAGGAAGGCCCUAGCGAUUUAGCUGAAGAGUUAAACAGGGGCGAGCCUGUUGAUGAAAAUACUCCCAUAGAUGAUGAGGAUGAAAACUGGGAAACUUGGGUACCAGAUCCUGUUGAUGCAGCACCUUCUAAAGGUUCUCCUAAAGAAUACAGCACAAGCAGAAGAAACACCGAUAUAAUUUCGAUGUUAGUAAACAUUUACGGCAGUAAGGACCUUUUUGUGAACGAAUACAGAACUCUUCUUGCUGACAGACUACUGUCACAGUACACCUGCGAUACAGAGAAAGAAAUAAGGUAUUUAGAGCUACUCAAACUACGAUUCGGCGACUCCCAAUUACAUUUCUGUGAGGUCAUGUUAAAAGAUAUCGCAGAUUCGAAAAGAAUUAACCAGAGAAUCAAGGAGGAUACGGAAUAUUCAGAAACUGAGUUACCUUUGUCUACAAUGAUAGUCUCUCAACAAUUUUGGCCACCGUUCAAAGAUGAAAAGUUGGAAUUGCAUGAAAAUAUAGUGAGUCAAAUGAAGAAAUUUACUGCAUGUUUUGAAACGCUGAAAGGCAGUAGAACGCUCUGCUGGAAAAAUCAUUUGGGAGUGGUCAAUUUGGAUAUUGAGCUGAAUGAUAGAAAAGUGAAUUUUUCCGUUUCGCCUAUUCAGGCAACUAUACUGAUGCAUUUUCAAGAUAAAGAUACUUGGGAAUUGGAGGAAUUAAGUAAAGUAAUGCAAUGCCCUCCGACAAUCUUGAGACGUAAAAUAGGCUUCUGGCUGUCUCACAGUGUCCUCACUGAAACACAACUCGAUGUUUUCAGUGUCCAAGAGGCAGUCGAACAUAAAACAGCGCCUCAAGAAGAGUUUUAUGUCGAGGAAUUUGAAUCAGAAUCAGCUAUGGCCAGUGCACAGGAUCAGAAAGAGGAAGAAUUACAGAACAUUUGGUCAUAUAUUCUUGGGAUGUUACUGAAUCUCGAUAGUUUGCCGCUUGAAAGGAUUCAUCAUAUGUUAAAAAUGUUUGCUUUUCAAGGGCCUACAACUGAGUGUAGUCAGUCCGAAUUAAAAGUGUUUUUAGAUAGGAAAGUAAGAGAGAGACAAUUAAUUUUUGCUAAUGGUGUAUAUAAAUUACCAAAAUAAACUAUAUUUAAACUA